AUUCGAGUUUCAAACAUCCACCUCUGAACUCCCAUCAUAUUCGUUCAAACUUCUGCGCCCUGCAUUCUAUAUAUACAGUCUCUCAUUUGACACACAAAUACGAGUACACCCCAUCUUUCCCUCUUUCUUAUCUUCUCGACAAGCGCAUUACCAGAUCAGUAAAUUCAUCUGCCUACCUCGCCGCCAGAGAUCAAAUUCAUACCGACUCCUUCAACGACCGCUCCGCCAGCGUUACUCAGUCAUGUUCUGUCUCCGAAGCUGGCUCCCCCUCCUCUUCAUCCCAACAAACGCCUCUCCACUCUUCAUCCUCUCCUUCAUAAUCCUAACCUACAUCCUCCACCGACCCUGCAUCUACUGCUCCGCCUUACUCCUAAUCCUCUUCACAUCCUCCUGCCAAUGGAGUGAUCGGUGCUUUUUCGAUGUUCGAGGAGACUGGUUUGCGCCGAGAUUUUCGUCUACAACAUAUACGAAUGGGUCGUCGAUAGGCGGAAAUGCUACUAUGUCUGCAUUUGAGUCUGUGAGUGGAUUUGGAGGGAAUGAGUCGUUUACAUCGUUUAUUAGAGAGAGUAUAAAUUCGACUGCGACUGCGUUGGCAGGUGCGGCUGUUGAGGAGAUAAAGCGGAGGACUACUACUACGGCCAGUAUAGUUGGACGAUCGCAGUCAGGUACAACGGAAGAAUGGACUGGGAUUGGACUUGAGUGGCUACGCAGUUUGUUGGGUAGGACAGAAUGGACGAUUCCUUGUAUUGAUGUCAAGGUGCAAUUAUGAUCUGCGUCUCUGGGCUUGCUGGGUUCUUGAUGGGGUUGGUUUUUGCAUGGUUUAUGGUAAAUAGCCAUAACUAUGUACAGAUAUAUAGUGCAUAAUUUCACGAUGAAAUGAAUCUUCUUUUC